UACACGCGCACUCGCGCGCGCACAUCCUCCCGCCAGCCAGCCUGCCCGCUCGCUCGCCGGCGCCCGGAGCUCGCUCUGGCCGGGGGGAGAGAACCGCGCCGCUGAUGACUCCGAGGCAGGGGCCCUGGACAUGUGCUGCAGUGAGAGGCUGUCGGGUCUCCCCCAGCCGGUAGUGAUGGAGGCCCUGGACCAGGCCGAAGGACUCGUGGACUCUCAGAGAAAAAUGCCACCACCACCCCCUCCUUCACCGCCCUCAGAGCCAGCUCAGAAGCCGCCACCUCAAGGCAGCGGGAGCCACUCCCUCACGGUCAAGAGCAGCCUGUGCCUGUUAGCUGCCUCCCAGUUCCUGCUUGCAUGCGGGAUGCUCUGGCUCAGCGGCUAUGGCCCUGUCUGGUUGCAGAAUGCCACCCUCCUGGAACAGCUGGGACCCGCGGCCUGGCUAAGCGUGGGGACCUGGGAGGUCCCCAGUCUGCUGCUGGUCUCCGUGUCCGUGCUCCUUGUUACCACCCUGGUGUGGCACCUCCUGAGGGCUCCCCCGGAGCCCCCCACCCCGGAGCCCCCUGAGGACAGGCGCCAGUCGGUGAGCCGACAGCCCUCCUUCACCUACUCGGAGUGGAUGGAAGAGAAGAUGGAGGAUGACUUCCUGGACCUGGACCCCGUCCCUGAGACUCCUGUGUUUGACUGCACGAUGGACAUCAAGCCCGAGGCUGACCCCGCCUCACUGACCGUCAAGAGGGGCUCCAAUGUCUCCCUGACCCUGGACAUGUGCACGCCUGGCUGCAACGAGGAGGGCUUCGGCUACCUGAUGUCCCCCCGAGAAGAGUCAGCCCGGGAGUACCUGCUCAGUGCCUCCCGAGUCCUUCAGGCCGAGGAGCUCCAUGAAAAGGCCUUGGACCCCUUCCUGCUACAGGCAGAAUUCUUUGAGAUCCCCAUGAACUUCGUGGAUCCGAAAGAGUAUGACAUCCCUGGGCUGGUUCGGAAAAACCGGUACAAAACCAUCCUUCCCAACCCUCACAGCAGAGUGUGUCUGACCUCACCAGACCCUGAUGACCCUCUGAGUUCCUACAUCAACGCCAACUACAUCCGGGGCUACGGCGGGGAGGAGAAGGUGUACAUCGCCACGCAGGGCCCCAUCGUCAGCACGGUCAGCGACUUCUGGCGCAUGGUGUGGCAGGAGCACACGCCCAUCAUCGUCAUGAUCACCAACAUCGAGGAGAUGAACGAGAAGUGCACCGAGUAUUGGCCAGAGGAGCAGGUGGUACAUGACGGUGUCGAGAUCACCGUGCGGAAAGUCAUUCACACUGAGGAUUACCGGCUCCGGCUCAUCUCCCUCAGGAGCGGGACGGAAGAGCGAGGCCUGAAGCAUUACUGGUUUACGUCCUGGCCCGACCAGAAGACCCCAGACCGGGCCCCCCCACUCCUGCAUCUGGUGCAGGAAGUGGAGGAGGCUGCCCAGCAGGAGGGGCCCCACUGCGCCCCCAUCAUCGUCCACUGCAGUGCAGGGAUUGGGAGGACUGGCUGCUUCAUUGCCACCAGCAUCUGCUGCCAGCAGCUGCGGCAGGAGGGCAUGGUGGACAUCCUGAAGACCACGUGCCAGCUCCGUCAGGACAGGGGCGGCAUGAUCCAGACCUGCGAGCAGUACCAGUUUGUGCACCAUGUCAUGAGCCUCUAUGAGAAGCAGCUGUCCCGCCAGUCCCCGGAGUGACCUCCCUGCCCCCACCCGAGGUCCUCUGGGCCCUCACCCUGGCCGCACCCCAGGGCCCUGCCUUGGGGCCUGGCCUGCUCCCUGCCCCCUCCCCUGCUUCCUUCUCUCCAGCCUGGCCCCUGCCCCCACACACACAUAGCUCUUCCUACUGUAUAUACUGGGGGUGGGGCAGGGUGGGGGAGGGAUGUGCCAGGCCAGGCCUGGGGCCCCAGGGCCUGACCCACACCAUGCAGACCUGGGGCCUCAGUUUUUAACGACGGUUCCGUUGCUACUUGAUUCAAAAUGUUUCUGUGCCGCACUCCAAGUGUCCCGCCACAGCGUGUUCUGUCUGUCCAUCCAUCUCUGCUGUCUGUACCGGACACUGUGCCUCCUCAGGCUGGGAAAGGGGUAACAUGCUCCAGCCCCUGAGCGGCUCAGCCAGAGGUGCCUGGCACGGCCCCCACCCCACUCCUUCCAACAGACAGAUGGCAUUUUGCCCCCAAUUAUUGGGACAGGGUGGGUAGAAGGGCCUGAGGACCUGGAAGUCAGGCAUGGGGAGAAAGAUCUCAGCCAGGAGCAAGGUCUCUG